GUUCCUCGCUGCUCAGUGACAUUUCCGCUUUGAGUUCAGGAUGUGGGUACUACACGCUUACUUGAAACUGGUUCGAUGGAACAAAGAAUGGACAUCCCGUCACUCUGCCUUCUCAUGUCAGCCACCCUGAGCAUCCACCCCGACAGAUCUCAGUUCUAUCGCUAUGAGACCCUCACUCUGAACUGUGCAGUGAGCGGGAACUUCAGUGGCUGGACACUGAGGAGAAACACCUCCUCUGGGACCUUUCUCUCAUCUGAGGAUGGCUGGUGUCGCCAAAAUGGCUCCUCCUGCAUCAAUCCCAGCACCUUCACAUCGGACAACGGAGUGUUCUGGUGCGAGUCUGACGAAGGCUGCCGGAGCAACGUCCUCAGCAUCACGGUGAAUGUCGGUGUUGUGAUCGUGGAGAUCCCUGCACGCCCCGUGGCAGAAGGAGACAGAGUGACGGUUCGCUGUUCCCACAAGGAAAGGUAUGUGAAGACGGCUGUGUCCGAUUUCAAUGCCUCGUUCUACAGAAACGGCGUUUUCAUGGGCAUUCACCCCGAGGGAACAAUGACCAUCCCGGCCGUGUCCGAGUCUGACGAAGGCUUCUACACGUGCAAGCACCCGACAAAAGGAGCGUCGCUUCAGAGCUUCCUGGCUGUGACAGUUGGAGCUCAGCCUCGAGACGUCCUGCCCACCGCCCGUCCUGGCAUGUAUCUGCCCCGGCUGGUGUGCAGCGUCCUGCUGUUUAUCUUCUACACUGUCAUCAUGAUAGUGUGCGUGAUCAGGUACCGACAGUGGGCCCGAGCUCGAGCUGAUGCUGAAAGGAGAGUCUGGGAUCGUGUCAUUGCAGACUGAUAAAUCCGGUUUCCCGCCGGGACAAAGAAAAAGAAGAAGAAGAAGAAGAAGCGUACCUAUGGCCCCUUGAAUUGUGACGCAGCUCUUGAUGCUUACUUAUGCUGAUGAAUUUAUAUUUUAAAAGGUGUCUGAGUGUCAAUAACCCUUUCUGAAUAAUGUCUAUAAUGUCUGGAUGGUGAUAUUAAUAUUAGUUCAUGAAUAGGCUGCUGAGAUCUAUUAGUUUGUACAGUUUGACUUCCUAUCCUUAUGAUAAUCUGAUUUGAUCCAGAUAAUAAUCUGAUCCCAUCCAGGUAAUUAUCUCACUGAUAAUAUGAAUAAUAGUUAGACAACACUGUGGAUAAUAAUGUGAAUAAUAAUCUCAAAAAUAAACAGAUAAUUAUAUGGAUCCACAUAUUGAUCUGGAUAAUAACCUGAUAUAAUCUAGAUAAUUAUCAGAUAAAAAUAUGGAUAAUGAUGAGAUAACAUUCUAAAUCCUAAUGAUAAUGUGGAUUAUAAUCAGAAAUUAAUCUGGAUCAAGAUAAUAUUCUGGAUAACAAUCACUAUAGUAAUCUGGAGAAUAAUUUGGAUCAGAUUUUUUUUUAGGAAUGCUUGGCCUUGACAGAGUUAUGACUCAUUUAACUGUUGAAUAAAAAAGCUUUGAAUAUCAA